AGUCACAUUUCCUUUCAUUGUAAACAUGGCAAAUGGGGUUGAUGCAUUGGCUGCAUCGAGAUAUGCAGUUCUUCUCGCUAUGAGUUUUAUGGCAUCUUUUGCAGAAGAGAGAUCAAUAUAUUUAGUUUUAAUGGAAGGAAAAGCAGUAGCAUUUCAAGGUGAUAUUCUACCGCGCCAACGUGGAAGAAGAUUUGACCCGACGAGUGAAGUUUCCAAGGUUCAUGCAAAGAAGUUGGAAGAUUCUCAUAAUCAAGUUCUCCAAAGCACUCUAGAAACUGGAAGCUAUAACAAGCUAUACAGCUUCAAACACGUUCUUAAUGGCUUUGCUGUCCACACUUCACCUUCUCAGGCUAAGAAACUAAAACAUGCUCCGGGAGUAAAGUUGGUUGAGAGAGAUAGAAGAACCAAAUUGAUGACUACCUACAGUCCUGAGUUCUUAGGGUUACCUGAAGGAGCGUGGAAACAAGAUGGAGGAGAUAGAAAUGCUGGAGAAGGGAUUGUUAUUGGUUUCAUUGACACAGGCAUUAAUCCAUUACACCCAAGCUUUUCUUAUGACUCGGUCAAUCCUUACACGUCCAAUGUUUCGCAUUUUUCUGGUGCAUGUGAGACGGGUCCUCAAUUCCCACCAUUUGCUUGCAAUGGAAAGAUAGUUUCUGCCAGGUUCUUCAUAGAUGGGGCUCAAAAAGCUGCUUUUCUGAAUGCUACAGUAGAUAUUCCAUCACCAAUGGAUGCCGUUGGUCAUGGAAGUCACGUGGCAUCAACUGCCGCUGGAAAUGCUGGGGUCCCUGUGGUUGUGAACGGCUUCUAUUAUGGGCGAGCCAGUGGGAUGGCACCGCGUGCAAGAAUUGCUGUUUAUAAGGCUGUCUAUCCAACAGUGGGAACGCUUGCGGAUGUGGUUGCAGCAAUUGAUCAAGCGAUAGUAGAUGGAGUGGAUAUCUUAACACUGUCAAUUGGACCGGAUGAACCACCACAAGAUACAGUCGCAUUCUUGAGCAUUUUAGACAUAAGCAUGUUAUUUGCACAAAGAGCUGGGAUAUUCGUGGUGCAGGCUGCGGGAAAUGAGGGUCCCGGUCCUUCAACAAUUUUGUCUUACAGCCCUUGGACUGUUGGUGCAGCGGCUUCCAGAACAAACAGAAGAUACACUGGUUCUCUUCUCCUUGGAAAUGGUCAAAAUGUUUCAGGUGUUGGGUUGUCAGCUCCAACUUUGGGAAAUGGAUCAUUACUCUAUAAGCUAGUUCUGGCUAAGGAUGCAGUCAAUUUAAAUGGGACAUUCCCAAGGACUCCACAGUAUGUUGAGGAGUGCCAAUGUCCAGAAGUUUUGGACCCUAAUGCAGUGAGGGGCAGUAUUGUUAUAUGCACUUUCUCAGCUGGCUUCUAUAACGAGACAUCCACACUAACAGCCAUCAUUGAAACAGCAAGAACUCUUGGAUUCAUGGGUUUUGUUCUUGUUGCAAAUCCAAGUUACGGUGAUUUUAUUGCCCAACCAAUUCCCUCUUCGGUCUCUGGCACUCUGAUCCCCAAAGUAGCAGAUGCAAAGAUUAUAUCUCAAUAUUAUGAACAACAAACAUAUAGGGAUGCAGGAGGCUUUGUGAGACAGUUCAAUGCAAGAGCUGCUAUAGCAGAUGGUAGAGUUGCUUCUUUUGAUGCGCAAGCACCCAUGGUUAGCAGAUUCUCUUCAAGGGGACCAGAUUUUAUUGACAUUAACAGGAACCCUGCUGAUGUACUAAAACCUGAUAUUCUUGCCCCAGGACAAGAAAUUUGGGCAGCUUGGAGCCCCAUGAGUGCCCUGGAUCCCAUUCUAAGUGGAUACAAUUUUGCUCUGCUCUCUGGUACCAGCAUGGCUGCACCUCAUGUUGCAGGGAUAGCAGCUCUAAUUAAGCAAAAGUAUCCUUCAUGGACUCCAUCAAUGAUAGCAUCGGCAAUCUCUACCACAGCCACCAAGUUUGAUAAAAAUGGAGGGCGUAUAAUGGCUGAAGGAUUUGAUGUUGGAAGCUUGUAUCCCUCUACUUACUUUGAUCUUGGCGCUGGCUUUGUUAAUCCAAGUCAUGCCAUGGAUCCAGGCUUAGUCUUAUCAUCAGAAUUUGAAGAUUAUAUCAGUUUUUUGUGCUCAAUGCCCAACAUUGAUCGGUUUGCAAUCAGAGCUGCAACUGGAGUGUGGUGCAGCAAGUCGCUUGGCCACCCCGCUAACCUGAACAUCCCGUCGGUGACCAUAUCUGCACUAAGAAGAUCCCUGACAGUGAGGCGGAGUUUCAAGAAUGUAGCGGCCAAACCGGAGACAUAUAAAAGCUUAGCGAUACCCCCAAAUGGGACAACAAUUAACUUGCAUCCACCUUGGUUCACUAUAGCCCCAGACGGAACCCAAGACUUGGACAUAGAAAUUAAUGUGACUCGGUCAACCAACGAGUUCAGCUUCGGUGAAAUUAUUUUAAGAGGAAGUUUAAAUCACAUCGUGAGCAUACCAUUAUCAAUUAGACCAGUUUCAAUUGUUUAAGCGGAACUCGUACGGCGAAGUCAGUGUUGCUAUCUUGUUUAUGAACUAAAGUUUUACUCUUUUUAUAUUUCUCCAUACAGAUUUUACAUCGAUUCUGGAGUCAAUGUGAAAAUUGUUUGCAUUGGUACUUGAAACAUAAACAGACAUUAAUUGAUGGGUUUAAGGUCUUGAUCCAAUGUGAGAGUUGACAAAUUUGCCUUUUUGCCUAGGUUGUUUAUUUCAGACAGACGCCAGAAUGUCCCUUUCUUUAUCAUCGAAGAAGAAAUGCAAUUAUCCAUUUAAUUAAAAUUUUAUUCAGCUUUUCAUAAAAAAAAAAAAAAAAAUUACUAGUUCAUUUUUUCUCCAAAAAAUUUUCAAUUUAAUAUCAUCAUAUCGCAUUACAAAAUAAGGCCUGGUCCAAAAUCAUACUUUCAUGGAUAAUAGGCUGCCUUUAGAUUGAUUAUCAACGCACCUUUUUCAAAAGCCCAAAUAAAUCCACCUAGAGAAGACUCGUGUGCCAAAAAAAAAAAAAAA